AUGAUAUAGAAAAAAUAGAUUUAUCGAAACUUUUUAUGUAGAAAUUGGAGGAUUAGCAACUAGAUUUGUUGUUUCCACUUAAUUAUUACACUUUUAAGUGUGAUAAUUUUUUUAGUUAGCAAUUUAAUCUAUAUGUACAUUGUUACAGAGUAGUUAAUGGCUAUUACUUAAGAAAUAUUUUAGAAAGAAACUCAGAAUCAUUUGAAUAUGUUGAGUUACCUUGAAAAAUCUUCAACUCUUGACGUUUUUUAGGAUAGUACAAGAUAGCUUUUAUCUAUUAAUUAGUUAUAUUAGAUAAUCGAUAAGGAUUUCCAGAUUGAAAUGCCUUAUGAUUGCUUAAAUAAUUAAUAAUUCAAUGAUUCAUAUGCAUACCUUUUUUCUUUUUGCUAUGCUUUUUGCAAUUUGACAAAUGGCUUAAAUAUUAGUAAAUAUUAGAACAUACUGAAAUUAACAUCUUUAUUAACAGAAACCUUAAGAAUUUAUGACCUUUAAUUAUUAACUUUGAUGGCUCAUGUCGGAGAGGAAUAAUUUUUUUCAUAAAACAAAGGAUAUGCACUCUCAAACUAUUACCCUCAUACUAGGUAAUGGUAUAGAGAUCAUAUAGCUCAGAUGGGAACAGGCAAGUAAAUAAUAGUUAGCGAUCCGUAUGUUUCAUGGAUAGAUGUAGUUUUCAUUUCAUAGACGACAAAUUUAACUCAUAAACAAUUCGAAGGGUUGAUAGGACAAGACUUAGAUUUUACAAGAAUGCCCAAGAUUCAAACCAAUACUUCAUAAUAUUAUUUAGUGGAUAGCAGUGGCAAUAUUGUUAUCAGUGAUCUUUAUGCUAAUGGAGUAAAAGUUUUAAUAAAAAUGUACGACUAAAGUUUAACAGGAUUUAAUGAAACUGACUGGAAUAACUUAAUAAAAGAGGGUAAAGAUAUUUUUUACUUGUACAAUAGCGUUUAUUAGAAAAAUAUCAUAGUCUUGAGAACAAUACUGACUAAAUUAAAUUAUUUUUUAUUCGUAGUUUAUGAUGAAAGUCAAUAUCUGAAAUAGCAAUAAGACAUUUAUAAUAAAUAGAUUGGGUUUCAAAAUCAAUUAAUUGAUUCCUGGUUACAAAUAUUGGGAACCUUUUUUAUAUUCUCUUUAAUAGUUUAGAUAGUGAUUGUUCAUUGUUUAAUGAAAGAUUUAAAACAGUUGGAAAGGAUGGCUACUAAAAAAGUAGUCUACUUUUCCAAAAGCACUAUUUAGUUUCGUGGAUAAACAUUCACUUCUUCUGUAUCUCGAUUAUAUAAUGCAUAUAUGAAAUUGGUUAAAAACUUUGAUUCAUAAGGGCAUCAACGGAAGAGUGAGUUAUGUUCUAAUAUUUAGUCUAUUGAAUUCCCUUCAAAGUAUAGAAAGUUGAAAUGCUAGAUUUAUUCUAAUGGGAUUCCAAAAAAACAAAAUUAUAAUUAAACUAAAUUACUUUAACACUUUACGUAUUUUAAAAAUGAAACCACUUUUUAUUGA